AUGCCGAACAUUACUCGGGACUUCGUAGGCUACGGGCAGCGCGGUUUUGACCCCAAGUGGCCAGGCGGCAAGAAGCUGGCGGUGCAGUUUGUCCUCAACUACGAGGAGGGCGGCGAGAACAAUGUGCUGGACGGCGACGCUGCGUCCGAGCAUCUCCUAUCCGAUAUCGUGGGUGCUGUACCCUACGUGGGCCAGCGCCAUAUGAACAUGGAGUCGCUGUAUGAAUACGGUAGCCGCGCAGGCUUCUGGCGUCUGCAUCGCGCCUUCACGGAGCGUCAGAUGCCACUCACC